CUAACAUGCGAUUGACGAUAAUUAUUGCGACUUCGUUAAUGAGCCAUGGCCUACCAUAGUGGAUUCAACGAGGCCAGUGAUCGAUUUCGCGUGUGCUGUGGGUGUCCGCUCGUCCCGUUGAACACGCAAGGAACCGCAGGAGCAACCAAUAAUAGCGAUGGUGACAGUGGUGCAUCAUCGCCAAUGGACCCAGUUGACGAAGCCAUUGAAUUGUUUCGGCCGAACUCCCUGUUCAAGAGCUUCGAUAUCCGAGGUCCCGGCGAUAAGCUACUCGUGUACCUAAUUAUGUUUAUAAGCAGCUGUUUACGACGCAUUGCGGACCGCAAGCCGACCCCCAAUCGCGAGGAGGCACGCAGCCUGCUGUUCUCACAGGCGCACGACCGCUUCCCGCUGCCGGGGCAGGCGGGGUUCCCGCUCGGGGCACUCAUGUCCGCACCCGCGAACAAGGAGGAAGAAGAGACCAUCCGCUCCUACCUGCGGCAAUGCAGGGAGGAGGCAGGACGCCGGCUGGUGGACCGGAUCUACACCGCCAGCAGCAGCAGCAGCGGCAGCAGUACCGGCGGCGCCGGCAGCGGCGGUGGAGGCAACAGCGGCGACGCUUCCGCUGCCGCGGUGCCCAACAAACAUUGGCUCGCCUUUGCCAACCGGCGCUUCAUGGAUCGUACGAUAUGACGCAAGCCGGGGUGGCAUCAUAACCGUGUAAAUGGGAAUACUGCUGCACGUAUCCCUUUACGGUACUUUCACGCAGGUUGUAACUUCGCAGCUACAGUAAUAGGUAGGUAUGGCGCAUGUUGGAAGGGGGUGGUUAGGCAGCAGGCAGAAACCGACCCACCGGGGCGUGCAGGGAAGACUGUUGCGUCAGGAACGACCCGUAAUUUAUGGACCGGCGGAGGAUACCGGUUUGUGACUGGGGCAGAGUAGGUGUAGAGUAGGGGUUGACUGGGGAGGGCAAAACGGCUGGGCGACUGGACGGAAUGGUGUGUGGUUUGACUGCUGCCCUUAGCCUGCAUGGCUGCGGGCGGCCUACUAGUCACGUGGUGCUUACGACGAGGACUGCAGUUGGAAACCGUUCCGUUUCUUUUGCAAUGUAAGGUUCAUCACCCGUGUUCCCUUUUAGGGCACCAUUGUAACGGUCAUUCAUUCAUUUAACGGCAUGCUAGCCA